ACUGUUUGUGACACUUCAAGUGCCCCGUCGGUUCCUUGGACAGUGGAAAUCUUUGUGAAUGAGUGUAAUCGCCGCCAUCGAAAUGUGACUCUCUUGGUAAAUUGCGGUGCACGGCUACUUACUGUCCCUUAAGAUUGCUCCAUGAAACCCUUAAAAAAUACUGUGGCCCUCCCAUGACUGAUUGCCCAGAUUAAAGCUGUCCAUCAUCGUUGGACAACCUUAAAUUAUUUCUUUACUUUGGUUCAUUUUAUGAGGCAUCAUCAAGUUUAUAUGGAAAUUCUUGAGAAUUCUGGAACUCCUCCAAAACCAGGCAGGACAUAACUGAAGUGCUGUAAAAUGCUGCAUGAUACUCCCAAGAAAUGGAAGGUCUCAGAUGUGAACAACAUUCAUAUAAAACAAGAGUCUGAAGAAGAAGGGUACUGCACAGUAAAGGCUGAAAGUCAGAGUAAAGAGGAGCCCCUGCCAGAGGAUUAUACAGUCCAAGCUCACCAAUCUGACCCGGAAGUAAAAAAUGAAAAAAAUAAAAAGAGAAUCAGAAGGAAACAUCCACUACUUAGUGCAGGAUGGCCUAAUCUGAAAGAUGAUUCCUCCGGAGCCAUCAAGCAGGAAGAUUCUGCUCAUCACUCAGUGGAAGAAAAAUGCCGCAAGAAAAAAAGAGAAGAAAGACAUUGUAAAGUUAUUUGUACAAGAAAAAGACAUACCUGUCUGGAAUGUGGAUAUAAAUUCAGUCAUUUGGGAAAUCUUAAAAGACAUGAACGAAUUCACAAUGGACAGAAACCAUACCCAUGUGAAGACUGUGGAAAAACAUUCAGAACCUCGGGCAGUUUGAAACGUCACCUGCUCAUUCACACAGGGGAGAAACCAUACAGCUGUGACAGGUGUGAGAACAAAUUCAGAACAUCAGGGCAUCUCAAAAGUCAUAAGAGGGUUCAUAGUGGAGAAAGGCCCUAUUCAUGUGGGACGUGUGGGAAAAAGUUUAGAAAUCCAGGAAAUCUCAAGUCCCACUCCCGAAUACAUACAGGAGAGAAGCCAUACUGGUGUGACCGGUGUAAGAAAGGCUUUCGAAAGUCUGAAGACUUAAAAGUACAUGAACGAAUUCACACAGGAGAAAAGCCUUACCAAUGUGUCGAGUGCAAGAAGAAGUUUAUCACUUCAGGGGAUCUGAAGAAGCACAGAAGAACUCACACAGGAGAAGCACCAUACCACUGCAAAGAAUGCGAGAAAACGUUUAAAAACUCUGGGCACCUUAAAAGACACUUGAGGAUUCACAGUGGUGACACCCCCUACUCUUGUAGCUGUGGUAAAAGGUUCAGAACCUCAAGCAAUCUGAACAGACAUGAGAAAACUCAUAAAAGAAUUGCAUCAAAAAAGAGUUGCUGCAAAAAGAAAGGCACGGUGCAUUUUAUAAACAGUAAAUAUUCACAGACAAUCUAACGAUACACUGCAGGGCACACUAACACAUAACUCCUAUGAACCCCAGGCUAAUUUAGGGUCUCCAACUAAUCUCGUACUGGGAGAAAACAGAGCAGGGGUCCUCACGUUUGGGGCUGGAGGAUCACAAUAAGAUUAUUGCUUCUGUCCAACUUCCUAGUCAUUGCUGCUGAGGCUUGUACUGGUCACUCAACAUUUUUAUUCCUCAUUUUAGUUAAUUUGCUUGGAAUCCUAAAUCGCUUCUUUUAGUCUUCAAGAGCUGCAUUUGCUGUUUCUCACUUGUUCCUUCUUAACCAGCUGCCAGUCAGCAGUGAGAUGCAAAUGACAAAGGCAGUUCACCAUUUAACUUGGCCAACUUAGACCUAGUGUAUGCAUGCAGAUCAUGAAGUAAGAAUUCUGAAACAAUUUUAUGUGAAUACAUCUACAUUUAAUCAGAUUUGCACUUUUAGAUUUAACUUUUGGGGGAGUUUUCAGCUUAAAUGGCGCUACACCCAUGAAACUGGCUAAAAACUUUUGCAGAUAAAGUCUGCGUUGUGUUUGGUUUCUAUAAUAUAUUUAAAACAAAGCACAACUUCUUUAAUGAUAUUAAUAAUAAACUUUAACAUAUGUUUGUAAAAUUUUAAAGGAUUAGGGAAUCUAUAUAUAUAGUCGACCAAGUCACUCAACCAUGGGGUACGCAUGAUGGAGCCCCAUCCUCCAAGUCUAAGCCUCCUCCUGCACCCACCCUCGCUCUCGAGGCAUGCACACUGCCUGCUUAUGUGCCCGCCUGCAACACCUCACCAAACGCACGUUUA